AGCCGCUUUUGAAUAUCAUCCUUUAGCAACCGUCCUGUUGGAUCCAAAUUGUUGAGGCCAAAUGCUGCGCCUGUUUUUGGUUGCUGCCUUUUGCGUUGGAUGCUUGCAGCUCACUUUUGUGAGGCCGCUCAAUGUUGGAACUGCAUCUCAUGGGCGGCGGCAACAAACCUACCUCCGCAGUGCGGGAAAGCAAGCAGGCGCGGACAGUUCUGAAGAGCAGGUGCGCCCACGUCGUUGGUGGGGCCUUGGUUUUGUGGCUGCUGCUUUGGCAGCUUUGCGCUUCCGCGUGCAACCUGCCAAGGCAGAGUCUUAUCCAGUGCAAGGAAAUGAAGAACUGAUGAAGCAGAAGGCUCACGGAACGACUGAGUACCCAGUCCAGGAAGUGUUGCGGUGGGACGUUGAUCGCGGGACUGCGGACAGGAUUUGCUCAUACAAUCGUCACUUUGCAGAGUAUGCUGGGUACUGGAGUACGACCAAAUUCCUCAAGCAAGUUAACCGUGAGGGCGAAACUUUCUACGACUCAGUGUCAGGAAAACCUUUGUUCGUGGCACCCAAAGGCAGGACCUGGAAGGAGUUUGAGAAGGAGUCGUUCGUGCAUGGAUGGCCAUCAUUCCGGGAUGAGGAGGUGAUUUGGGAAAAUGUUCGCUGCUUGCCUGGUGGUGAAUGUGUUUCAAUUGACGGCACUCACCUUGGCCACAACAUUCCUGACUUCCAAGGAAAUCGCUACUGCAUCAAUUUGGUGUCCGUAGCUGGAAACCCGCCAACUGUUUGAAUGGAAUUCUGAAAGGGCAGGUAGUGCUUGACAUCAACGAUGCUGCCUCGUUGGGCUUUGAUGUUUGACCUGGUGCAGGUGUAUGUAAAUGCAGCUGUGGGUUCAUUUUUGAGGGGUCAACCAGGUAGUGGGGAUUUGGCUGAUCCACAGCCAUGCUUUGAUGUGGAGGGCACUUGCAUUGUGCCUGUCAGACUUGCAUAUCGGUUUGCCAGCUCAAGUCUUGAUGUCAUGUCAGCUCCUGUACUUUCAAUGGCUACGAGAUUGUCAAGCUUAAAGCUUUGCGUCCUGGGCCAGCAAGACGUUUGCAAGAAUCUUCAUGCCUGCAAAGGCGAGUUUUCGCAGACUGAACGGCCACAGACAGUUGCCGCUGCCUACCUAACGUGCCACCAGCACAGUCUGUACCACACCGAUGCCGCGCUCUCGCGUGAAGAA